AUCACUCAAAGCAUAGUGAAGAAGUUAGCAAUGUGUGCUUAUUAUUCCCCUAGUAUAACAUCAUUAUGUGCCACAUUUUCAUUUCUUAUUAUCUUAAACUUGAUAUCAUUAUUAAAUCAUCAAAAUGAUAUUAAUUUCAUCACUUUUUUCUCUUUCUCAAAAAAACCUCACUUAAGCAAAAAUAAAUUCUUAUUACAUGAUAAUUAUCAACAAGUAACUUCUAUUGAAGAAAAUCAUACCACUCAUCAUGCUAAGAAGAGCAGUUUACAAAUAAUUGAAGAAGAUUUAGCAAGAGCAAGAUCAGCAAUUUGGAAAGCUAUUCAUUCAAGAAAUUAUUACUCUGAUAAAGAAGAGAAGUUCAUUCCAAAUGGAUCUUUUUACAAAAAUUCAUAUGCCUUUCAUCAGAGUCAUAUAGAGAUGUUAAAGAGAUUCAAAGUGUGGACAUACAAAGAAGGAGAUAUACCAAUGAUACACAAUGGACCAAUGAAAAAUAUAUAUGCAAUUGAAGGUCAUUUCAUUGGUGAAAUGGAAAGUAAAAAUAGACAUUUUUUAGCUUCAUAUCCUAAUGAAGCUCAUGUCUUUUUUAUACCAAUUAGUAUUGCAUAUAUUGUUCAAUAUAUUUACUUGCCAAAUAUCACAAAUUUUUCUAGAGAUAAAAUUCAAAGGAUUGUUGAAGAUUAUAUUCAUGUUAUUGCUAACAAAUAUCCUUAUUGGAAUAGAAGCAAUGGUGCUGAUCAUUUCUUGGUUUCUUGUCAUGAUUGGGCACCAGAUAUUUCUAUUAGAAAUCCGAAUCUCUUCAAGAACUUCAUAAGAGUAUUAUGCAAUGCCAAUAUUUCAGAAGGAUUUGAACCAAAAAGAGAUGUUUCAUUGCCUGAAAUUUAUGGAUUACCAAAUAUUAAUGUUACACCUGAUCUAGACCAUAGUUUAAAUCCGAAAAAUCGAUCGAUUCUUGCAUUUUUUGCUGGUAGAUCACAUGGUUACAUAAGAAAAAUAUUGUUUCAACAUUGGAGAAAUAAAGAAGACGAUGAAAUUCGUGUGUAUGAUCACCUUCCAGAGGGUGAAAAUUACGCGAAAUUAAUGAGUCAAAGCAAGUUUUGCUUAGCACCGAGUGGAUAUGAAGUUGCAAGUCCAAGAAUUAGUGAAGCAAUUUAUGCUGGAUGUGUUCCAGUAAUAAUUUGUGAUAAUUAUUUUUUGCCAUUUAGUGAUGUUUUUGAUUGGAGUCAAGUUUCAAUCAAUGUUCCAAUUGAGAAAAUUCCACAAUUAAAGACAAUUUUAAAAGGGAUUUCUUGGAAUAAGUACUUGAAAUUGCAAAAUAAUGUGAAGAAAUUACAAAGGCAUUUUAAAGUAAAUAGGCCUGCUAAACCAUUUGAUGUAAUUUACAAUGUACUUCAUUCAGUAUGGCUAAGGAGACUUAAUUUUAGACUUGCUAAUUGAUCAUUGUAUUU